CGCCGCUGUCGAGCUGUCCGGAGAGCAGCCCCGAGGCGGCGACAGGCGGCCCUGAGGUUCGACAGGCGCGGGUGGCGGGGCCGCAGUGCCAGGCAAGCCUCCCCUCCGCGGAAAGGGCCUCCGGGCACACGGGCCAGUGGCGCUGCGGCGGCGGCGGCGGCGGCGGCUCCCCUCCACAAGCCAGGCGGCCGGGCAAAGCGCUUCCGGGAGCCCGAGCCAAAGCGCAGCCCCGCAGCCCGAGGGCGGCUCGGUGUGUGUGGCACUGCCCGCGCCGGAGAGGGCACCGUCUGCUGCCACGCACACGUGGCUCCGCCAGCCCGCCAACCUGUGGGCGCAGCGCUCGGGGGCCCGGCGGCCGGGCCGGGCCCAGAGUUUGGCCCCGCUGGCAGGCUCCAGGAUGUCCUCCUACUCGCCCGCUUCCCCGGAGGAGUGCCGCUCGCCGGUGGGGCUGGACUGCUGCAGCUGCUGCCUGGACCUGGCCAACCGCAGCGGCCUGGAGGAGGGGCCCCUGGGCUGCAACAACAACCUGGGCAGCCCCUUCCAGCAGCUCCGGGAGCAGCUGGUCUACGAGAACCUCAACGCCGACAAGCUGAACCGCAUCAUGCGCCAAGACUCCCUGGAGCCGGUGGUGCGGGACCCCUGCUACCUGCUCAACCAGGGCAUCUGCAACCGCAACAUCGACCAGACGCUGCUGUCCAUCCUCCUGUUCUUCCACAGCGCGUCGGGGGCCAGCGUGGUCGCUAUCGACAACAAGAUCGAGCAAGCGAUGGAUCUAGUCAAGAACCACCUGAUGUAUGCAGUGAGGGAGGAAGUGGAGAUUCUGAAAGAGCAGAUUAAAGAGCUGGUGGAGAAGAACUCCCAGCUGGAGCGAGAGAACAGCCUCCUGAAGAACCUGGCCAGCCCGGAGCAGCUGGAGAAGUUCCAGUCCCGGCUGCCGCUGGAGAUGCCCUCGCCAAUACCUGAAAAGCAGAGCCGAGGAGCAGCUGCCCCAGCCCAGCACUUUGGAGGCUCUGCGGUGUAAGGUGGCUCUGUCCUUGGGGUGGGCAGAGCCACAGAACAUUUUCUACUUAAUCUCCUCCUGAGCGGUUUCCUCAUCUCUCUUUUGGAGGAUUCUGGCUAGGCGAGAGCAGCUGCUGGAAUGACGCCCUAAAAUGGGGCUGGUUAAUUCCUGGCGGGCUGACUUGGGUUGGCCAAAGACUGUCUCUUGAAGUCAAGAGUGCCAGGGAGGGGAGCCCUGCACAGCCAAGCAACCCUGCCCGACGGAGCUGCAGGCUUGCCACGCGUUCCCUCCCUUCUCACAUCCUUCUGAAGAGGACAAUGUGCUGGGGAAAGGGCCUUCCGUCCACUGGCACGAGACUGUUGUUUGGAAGAAGAGAGCUGUUGUUUAAAAAGCAGAAAGAGAGGAGGCUGCCUCUCCUCCCAGCCCAUGGAUGGAGAACAGCUUGCUCGGCCUGGACGCUCAACUAUUCGGGGAUUACAGAACUGUGUAUUUGUGCAGCGUGGGCCCUGUUUUCCUGCUACCGGAAGUGCAGAACUGCUUUCUGAACAGACUUGCACACUCCCACCUGCAUGGAGCAGGGCUUGCAAGGAUUCAGACUGGAAAUUAAAAUGUAGUGCCAUUGCAUGGAAACAGAGCGGGUGGUGGGCUGAGCCCACCUGGAAAUAUUGACACAGACAACCCUUAUGGGAGGAGGGGCUUGGUGCCAGCUGCCGUACCUGUCCCCAGGUGGACCCUGGUCCAUGAUGCUGAGGCCAGAUCGAGGGCAAGGCAGUGGUGGGUCAAGGAUAGUGGGGGGUGGGGGUGGGGGCGGCAAGAGGAGUCAUUGGCUGGCUCAGGGAGCUGCCUCCCCUCCUCCAGGAUGGGAUCUCGCUUGUUUGUCACAUUCUCUAACUGAUGGUGUAAAUCCUAAGACACUGCAAUAAAAGCUAAGUUUUGUAUAAAUACA